AUCUGGUUCAGGUCCCGGUUUGGUGAGAUGUAUAACAAGGUUAAGAGUGGGACCGAUGAAUGUUUGUACUAUGGGUUUGCUGUCUGCGGAAACAGGGUUCUUUGCAGAGAAGGAUACAAAUCUGCCACAGGAGUUCUGGCGCAUGGGAAGGAAGUUAAAGAAAUUGUUGCUGAGAUCGUAUCUGAGAUUGGGAAGGAUAAAAUGAAGAUAAUGGGAAUGGGAACAAAGGAGGAUCUUGAUGUUCUUAAACCCCAUCUUGAACCCCAAGGAGCUAGAUUAUUCAACCUGGACGCGGGCUCAAUGUCUGGAAUUGCUCUGCCUUCGGGUUGUCCUGAUACUCAUGUAUCUAUAGCUCCUGAGUUUAUUGUCCCUGCAGGAAGAAUGGAUGAGUUCAUUGCUGGAUUUCCCAAGUUUUAUGCCGCCACCAAGAAUGGUGCUGGGGCUAGUGGACUAUUAUACUACGGGUUUGGGGUGGAAGGAAACUCUGUGGUCUGUAGAGAAGGAUAUGUAAAUGCUGAAGCUUGUCUUGCCCAUGGAGCUGACGUGAAGGAGCUCCUAGAAGAGCCAUUGAAGGUUGUUGGAGCUGGAGGUAUGAGACUAAAUGUUGUUGGACCUAAAGCCGAACUCGACAAACUCAGGCCUAAGCUAGAACCAAGAGGAGCAAUUUUCUGGGAGUUGGAUUCUGGAGCACUCUGGAAAUAAUGAUUAUUAUUAUUGGCAGAAUUUCUUGACUUAUAGAAACACUCCGAUGGAAAUGGUUCAAAAUUAACUUGUGAUUAUCUAUUAAUCAAAAUUGUUAUUUUUCGAUCCGUUUGAGAUAAGUCGGUUACUUUCAAUAAACAAAUCAAUCUUUUAAUAAAUUUUAUUAUUACUCUU